GACAUCAUGGAGGAAGGAUGUUACACCUCUGCGCUCGUAGAAUGACUAACACGACUUAUCCCGUGAACAGAACUAAAGAGACGUUUUUUGCCAAGGACGGUAUAUAAGACUAAAGGACAGGACGUGUGAACCCGCAGAUGUAGUGAACUAAGUUAUACUGGGUUGUUGAUGGGCAUUACUACAACGACUGUGAUACUUCUACCAUUCUACCAAGUCAUUAGUUACUUUAUUACUUAAGACGCAACUUUACCUACUGACAAGAUUACUUAAGUGGCUUCUACAGUGCAUUACUAAUCGUUGUGAUAUUUUAUACGUACUGCCUACCUGCUGACGAGACACUGACGAAGGUGGAACUCCGUCUCUUUCUACUCUCUGCCACUACUGACGACUCUCCUGACGGUGACAUUUGACAACAGGCGACGUGGACUAAUUAGUUGUGAUUGCUUGCCAGGUACACCCAACACUCCUGCACCGAGUGAGUGGGCUAUGCGGCCACUUAGUGAGUUUUAACAGGUUAAUCCCAGUUGUUUAGUUUGGCCAUGAAGGCGUAGCUGGCGAGGUGCGCCUGAGGGCGAGGUGCUGUGACUGUAGGGUGUGAACCAAAAGACGCAACCAUGAUUGAAAAAAGCGAUAAGAGUGACUCUGACUCGAGCAGCAGUGAGACCAGCGGCAUGAAGGUGAACGUGGUGUACCGAGGAACACUGUACCGCGUGAGGGGCGUCAAGGUGCUCGUGUCUGUCGUCACCGCUGUUAUUCUCCUUCUCGUUGCCAUCGUGGGCCUGGGCGUGUGGAUGCUGGUCAGUGCGUACGCAGAAGACAAGGCCGUAUCCUUGCCCGCCGAUGCCAACGUCACUCGAGCCACGGCUAGCGCCGCCGCCGGCCGCCAGGAGUCCUCCACUCCCUUCACUAUAGACUUCAAUGCCCCGAGUGCCACGCUGCAGGAGGCUUCCUUCCCUGCCAGAGUCUCAAACACCCGCGUCAUUCAGGACGCUGCCAGCAGUGACUCCUCGACCAGUGCUGAUCUGCCUGUCAGUGAAGGGUCGCCUGCCAGCCAAAACCCGCCUGUCGAUGCUGACGAUGUGAGCGAGACUGUGGGUCACUUUCAGGGUGUAAAUCCCCGUAGAAAUCAGACGACCACUAUCACGAGCUCCCCGAGGCCUAAACCAGCCUUUGGCGUGCCGAGUCUGCCUCGAGAAACCCUGUCUCCCGUCGAGAUCGCCUCGCCCCCCGCAGACACCGGCACCUUCCCUGUCGAGGACAGCAUCGUAGAGUAUUCAGAGAGGCGUCCCGUCACGGUUGUCCCGCCCAUUCCAGACCAGCAGUACACGGGCGCCCCUGCCGGAUACGAGGUCAAUACCAACCCAUGGAUCGGCAUACAUCGCCAGCCGGGGGACAGGCCCCGCUAUCCUCUGCAGGGUGGGCUGCCAGACAACAUUCCCAGAGACAUUGACCCAGUUCUGCUGGACAUGGGCUUGCCUUUCCCUUACCCACCCUCCCUGGCCACCAGAGCGCCCCCUCCGCCUGCCACCUCUCCCAUCACAAGGCGCCCCACCCGCCCUCGCUACCGAGUCCCGGCAGCCACUCGCCGGGGACAAGCUUCCGAGCCUCACGAGUCGCACCACACCUCGGAGGCUCCUGCUGGCUAUCAGCAUCACGAGCAGCACCAACGUGAGCAGCACUACCACCGCGAACAGUAUCAUCGUGAGCAGCACCGCGAGCAGCACGGGAACGAACAGACUCACGGUGAGCAGCACCACCGUGACCAAUACCCUGGUUACGAACCCUUCCUCACUCCCACCCAGCAGGUGCCUCGCUCCCCUGAGGUGCCUUCCACCCCCAGCGUGGCACAGCUAGAAAGGCUAAUUUUUCCAGGCGAUAUUCACCACCCUAACCUGCGCCGUUACCUGCUCAGUGGGGCGAGUCAGUUGCCUGCCAGCUUCACACUGCCCCCGGGAGUGACUCUUCCUCCCGGGGUAUCAAUGCCAACGAACCUCGAGUCGGUAGCAGACCUGGUGGGUCUGCGUGAAGCAGCAGAAGGAAACCUCAAGCACAGACCGGGGGUCCCCGGCAGCCACCUGGAGGACAUGUUGCACCACUACAAUAAGCACGAAAGAAGCAGGCCACCGCCCACAUCCACUGCUCCGCCUCCCGCGAGAAAUGACACACGUUACAGCCAAAGGAAGGGCCUGACGGCAGAAGGCACAACACAGGGUUAUAGUGGGCCCCCGGUGGUUGGAUAUGGAGAACAGCCAUUCAGAAACGCUCGGCGGCCGCACGACCCCGCCUUUCAGUACUUCUGGGACAUGUAUGGCUACGACGGGUCGGCGCCCGCAGAGCAUGACGAUCGCGGCCCGGUGCCCGAGGAGGCCACGCACUUGCCUCAGCGGGGUGUUUUGCCCACAGGAAGCCGACCCCACGCGGGAAGGUAUCAACCUCCAGGGCCUGGACAACGACCUCACCCUCACGACAUGUCAGGCCAUGGAGAACUACCUCACCCUCACGAUACCAUGGCUGCAGGGCACCAGUCUCAUCCUCACAGGGUUCGUCCAGGUCCUCGCCACGAGGCGCCAAGCCCUCACCUCCCAUCUCCCAGGCUGGAGCCCCACAUGCGCGGCGGCCAUCCACAUCCUGUGAGACCUGACGCAGAGCGGCCUCCUGUCAUGCAGCAGCCCAACCGUCAGCUUUGGGUAGACCCUGGACCGCGGCCGUCAGCGGCACCCAGCCCGCGCCCUGGGCCAUCGACUCCCCCGAACCACCGCCCCUUUCUAGGGCCGCUGUACGACAUGUAUGAGUACUCCAAGAGACUGGCGUCCACGCUGCUUAACUUCCCGACGGGCAGCGACUAUAACGCCUCGCGGGAGGAGUACAUGAUGAACGAGGUACAGCUGCUCGAGGACUACAACCGUGUCUUCCAGAACCCGAACACCACCAGUGCAGACGUGCUGCCUGACAUGUACGACGACAGGCCCAACAGGAAUGAGCGACUCAUGUUCUUGGACACCAGCAAGCUGCAGUCCCUCGAUCCCUUUGAAAUGUCGCUAAUCACGUGGACAUUCCUGGACUUCUGGGAAUUUCUCAUUGAGCAGGUGGGGACGCUGUCGCCGGAGGACCUUGCCCUUCUGGAGCAAAGACUGGAGCGCUUAAGACUGAAGAAGGACAGACUGAUGACUAAGAAUUUCAUGACUGCCACUGUUAACCGCCAAGUCACUCAGGAGACGAACAGAGGUUACCCUGACGCGGCACGAGCAAUCGCCAUGGCGGAGGACCUGCUGAAGUCAAUGCCGGAGGUAGAGAUGGAGGAGGAGGAAAAAGAGAACGCCACUGGCACAGGAGCCGUGGACGGUGAGGUGACGGGCCGCAUGUGGGAUCCACUGGGGGUGUUCACCAACAAUCAGAGAGUGGAGUUCAUGGAGUUUGCCAUCAAGGUGCUGUUCAGGUUCGGCCGCGUGUAUCUGCAGAAGGCGUACGCGUUGGACUGCAUGAUGCUGCUCUUCUGUAAAGACCUCAACGCAGACUCCAGGAAGGCGGGGAUGGAUGGCACGGCGGCCAAGAUAAAAAGCGUGGGCCUGAAGGUGCUGACUGAGAAGGACGCUCGUCAGAUGGACACUGUUGGCGAGAUCUGGCGCUCCAUCACUGCCUGGGAGGAUCUGCAGUGCCAGUCCAUGUUCCCGAGGUGUGACGGUCCCCGGGCUCUGGAGAUCGUGAAUGACGUGGCUGUGGGAGGACGCCGCAAGUAAACACCUCAUGGUUACCCGCCCUACGUAGUACCUCUGUUCCUUCCCUUCCUUCUCGCCACCGCCAGGAACACUGCAGGAAGACUCCCGCCCCCUCCCAUCCCACCAGACCCCCCUCCCGUUCCCCACUCUAGGCUUGAUCUGACGGAGAGACGAUCCCUCACACUCAAGAGGCUUAGUUUCCUCCUGUCUCCGUUUUCUAUUCCCUCCCAUCCUAGGAAAUCCUCUUAUGCUUAUCUACGCAUAAUUUUCUGGCUAAGCCUUAAUUUAUUGCAGUCAUUUAUUUGAUUUAUACUUCCCGCGUGACUCGAAGGCGAUGCUAAGUCUUAAUGAUCCACAUACUAAUACUUCUUUACGUAAAUCUUGGCAGUUUAGUUGGUAUAAUACCUUAUUAAUAUUUAUUUACAUGAUUCGCGGCUGGUACGUGACUCUAGUAGUUCAUUUAUUAACAUUUCAAACUUAAAAAUACGGCGCAUAACAAUUAUUAUUUUCUUUAACUUAAAUAUCACAGAGUAAAAUUUUGAAAUAACAUGAAUAAGUGAGCUGCAACAGGUAACAGUAUUCAUGUAACCUUUAAUCAAUACUCAGCUUACGUACGGUAGGAUAUGAGGUUCGAGAAUCCUUUAGAAGCAUUCCACUCACACCACUCGGCAGGUAUCAGGUCCAAUCACGCCUUUAUGCUUCAUAAACACCGCCCUUUGAUCCAAUACGCAAGAGGCACAGAAGCAAUCAUCGUAAAUUAUAAUCACGAAUUCCUGGUACAAUCUCGUUCUGGCUUCAGUGACGAGCCUGCAGAAGUUGUUAAUUAUUAUAACGAGUUCCCGGUAUGCUCUCGCUUUGGUUUGGCUUCAGCAGCGUGCAUUCCCAGGCUGUUAGUGCAGGACCCGUGCAUCAGAGAGUGUAUUGUUGUGUGUUUUGCCUUCUGGUGGAGUAUCAUUAGAGGCACGCACACACAGGCACGCAGGCACGCAGGCACACAGGUACAGUUACAAGUGUGCUUUUCCGUGAACUAGCAUGGAUCCAUCGCCACCUUCCAUUACUUUGAAGGCUUAGUGCCAUAAGAGCAUCACAUGGGCGUAAGAAUCAUGUCAACUUUUCUAAUGGAAUAUCACCAGAAAUAUACACACAUAGUUCACGGGUUUUAUGAUAAAUAGCAUGAAUUAAUCGUGAUCUUCCAUUACAUUCGAAGGUUUAGUGUCAUAACAACGACACUGAGCUCAGAGGAAUGUUAAGUUUGUUAUUUGAAUGCAUUAGUGAAUAAGGUGGUGAGCGUGGGAUCGGGCAAACGUCCACGCGUAGGUUCGAAUCCCACCACGUACAACCUUAAAACACUUUGCCAUUUGUCAAGUGGUUUAAAGUUACCUACAUGUCACCAUGAUA